CCGGUUGGGUGGGAGGUUGUGGGGAAGGAUACCGGGAUGAGGGUGCGGAGGGUGGAUUGGUUGGUGGAAAGGGGGGUGAGGCGGUUGAGAGAAGUGAGGAUGGUGGCGAUGGUUUGGUCGCUGAUUGGGAGGUCGACAGCUGGAGGAGCAAUGAAUAUCGUCUUCUCUGUGUUUGCCGAGAUGGGAGAGACAAAAAGAGAGAAGGUGGUGAGAAGGAGUGUGAAUGGCUUCAUUUUUGGACAAGUCUCAUGGUGGUGUUAAAGUGCUUGAUGAGACGACUGUCGGGUCAGGGUUGCCGGAGAGCACGUGUUUCUUGGGAGUUGGGGUUAAACGAGGGCGGGUCCAUUUUUUUACCCCAGUUUCUUCUUCCCCGGGUUUUGAGCCAAACCAAGAAGUGUGGGGGUUCAAACAGCCAAUCAUAAAGACGGAAUAGAGAAUCACAUGCCGGUUCUUCAGCGACCACUCGCCAGCAUAACCCGGACUGCCUGCCCGUUCCAGCAAGUGGGUGACGCAAGGACCGAGGAAAAUGGAACCGCGCCAGCACGAGGAUAGCGCCAGACCAAGAACCACAAGCAAAAGCCCGUGAACAUCAGAGAGUUUCGUCUCUCGGGUUUGACCACCAUUGCUAAAUAAUCACAAGAGUCUGUUCGAAAAUACCCGACGCGGUUUGAGGAUUACCUACGAGACCUACGAGUCGAGUCCGUUUCUGAGACCCACUCGCGUCUUUUGUUCUCCUUCAACCAAGUCCCCCCUCCCAACGGCUGGCUUAUAGAACACCCCCCCUUUGAUCCCCAAUGACCGCCACAGCGCACUCGUGAUUGUUAUUCCCGACCUCCUCACUCCUGCCUUCCCACCACCGUCGCCGUCGCCCGAAAUGGCGCCGACAAUGUCGAAGCCGAGCACCAAUAGCGCGGCCGCUCGAGACCGAACAAUUCGUGGCAUCGUUAGCCAGUUGACGUCCAUGUACCUCCAAAACCGCACCCGUAUAUCUCGCGCCGUCUACAUCACACUCUUUGUCGCCCUCAUAAACAGGGUGCGACAUGCUAUCCAGGAGCAAAAGGCUGCCUCGGUACGAGAGGCGACAAAGCGCGCCGAGAAGUCUGGUACAACAUCGACUGCAGAUGGAGUGGUGACAAAGAAGAAGGUGGAAUUGAACCGGGAGUUCUUCCGCUCGUUGCUAAGGUUGUUGAAGAUUGUGGUGCCAGGAUGGAGGAGCAAAGAGACGAGGCUGUUGAUCAGCCACAGUUUCUUCUUGGUGAUGCGGACGCUCAUCAGCUUGAAGGUGGCGGCGAUGGAUGGUGCGAUCGUCAAGGCUCUGGUGAAGGGCAACGGAAGGGAGUUCUUGAUGCGCAUUGUGUGGUGGAUGUUGAUUGCUGUACCGGCGACGUUUACCAACUCGAUGUUGUCGUACCAUCAAGCUGAGCUUUCACUGCGGUACAGGACACGCUUGACGCAGUUCAUCCAUGACAAGUACCUCUCGCAGCUGACCUUUUAUGGUAUUUCUGCGCUUGAUGAUCGGAUCAAGAACCCAGAUCAGCUUAUCGCUGUCGAUGUGGCCAAGUUCUCGAAUAGUUUGGCCGAGCUGUACAGCAACUUGGCCAAGCCCCUUCUCGACAUGACAAUCUACACAUUCUCCCUCUCGAAAUCUGUCGGCGGAGAAGGCGUCGUCUUUAUGUCUCUUCUCGUCCAGCUCUCAGCGCACGUCAUGCGUGCGUUGACACCCCCAUUCGGGAAAUACGUGGCCGACGAAGCCAGACUCGAAGGCGAGUUCCGCUUCCAGCACUCGAGAUUAAUAGACCACAGCGAGGAAGUCGCCCUGUACGCCGGUCACGAAGCCGAAAAGGACACCCUCGACAAGGGCUACUUCACCCUCAUCAAGCACGUCAACUACAUUCUCCGCCGCCGAUUCUACCACGGCUUCAUGGAGGACUUUGUCAUCAAGUACUUUUGGGGCGCGCUCGGGUUGCUGCUGUGCAGUGUUCCUGUCUUUGUGAAGCUCCCUGGCCAAGUGACGAUGAACAUGGGUGACAGGACUGAGACCUUUGUGACCAACCGUCGCAUGUUGCUGUCGGCGUCGGAUGCCUUUGGGCGCAUCAUGUUCUCCUACAGGGAAAUCAUGGAGUUGGCGGGUUACACCUCCCGUGUGUCGUCGCUGUUGGAAGUCAUGGAUGAUAUUCAGGCGGGGCACUUUGAGAAGAAGCUUGUGUCUAGCUCGGGCACCGAAAACAACGAGGCUGUCCUCAAGGGAAGAGGCAAGGUUGUUGAGAGCAGCAACAUUGAGUUUAUCGAUGUACCCAUCAUCUCCCCCAACGGCGACGUCCUCGUCCCAGCCCUAACAUUCAAACUCACCCCGGGCGACCACCUGUUGGUCGUCGGCCCCAACGGCUGCGGCAAAUCCUCCCUCUUCCGCAUCCUCGGCGGGUUAUGGCCCGUAUACGGCGGGACAGUCCACAAACCCCCCUUCACAGACAUCUUUUACAUCCCCCAACGCCCUUACCUCUCCCGCGGCUCCCUCCGCCAACAAAUCAUCUACCCCGACGGCCUCCGCACCAUGCGCUCCAAAGGCGUGACCGACUCCGAUCUCUUGUCCAUCCUGAAAAUUCUAUCUCUGGAACACCUGAUCGACCUCUACCCCGAAGGCUGGGACGCGGAAGCCGAGUGGCGUGACGUCUUGUCUGGCGGGCUACAGCAGAGGGUGGCAAUGGCCAGGCUGUUUUACCACCGCCCUAAAUAUGCUAUUUUGGAUGAGUGUACCAGCUCAGUGACGCUCGACACGGAAAAGGUCAUGUACGACAAUGCCAAGGCGCUGGGGAUCACGCUCAUGACGGUGAGUCAUCGGAGGAGCUUGUGGAAGUACCACACGCACAUUUUGCAGUUUGACGGGCAGGGGCACUUUGUCUUUACGAGGCUGGAUGCGGACAAAAGAAUGAAGCUGGAGGAUGAGAAGGAGGAUUUGGAGGUGCUGCUGAGGCAGGUGCCUGAGUUGGAGAGGAGGGUGAGGGAGUUGAGUGAGCUUUAGUGGGACGGUGGUAAUGAUUUUUUUUUAAAAAAAAUUGGAAAGCAAAGGUGUGUAUUAUCAUGAGAUGAAAAUGCAAACAGAGCAUAGGUAGACAUGGUUAUAGCAGGGUGUGUCGUUAUUUCGGCUUAUUCUUUAUCUCGAUAAUCUCAAGAGAUGGAAGGGGCAUACCUGGUCUAAAUAAGAAAGGGGACCAAGAUGUGUUCUUUAUGUAUCUGUUGUACUAGUAUGAGCCGUGGUUGUUUGUUGGCUCGCAGGUAUCUAACGAUGGCGAGUUAUGUAGGGAGUACUGAAUGAAUGUCAUCACGGAGUAUCACCUGCACAAUCCAAAAUUGAAAGAGCUUCGAUAUC